CGAAUAAAAAAGGAUUUCCUCAGAAAAAUAUUGCACCAAAAUCAGGGUUCCAAAAUCAGAAAAUCAGAUCACAUUUGAAAAUCGAAAUCUAAGCUCGAUUGUUUUCGAUCUAUCAACACACAGAGACGCAAAGGAGAGAAUAUGGUGAGAGAAGUAUCGGAAAGCUGUGUGGAGAGUUUGCUGGCGGAGAUAGUGAUGUCGUAUUGCUCAGGCUUCUACGCCAACAAGCCCGAACUCGCAGCGCGGAGGAUCGAAGCCAUUGGCUUUCAGGUCGGUCACCAAUUAAGUGAAAGGUACACAAUGGAUCGACCAAGGUUCACCGAUAACCUGGAGGCCAUCAAAUUUAUCUGUAAGGACUUUUGGUCCGAACUCUUCAAGAAACAGAUAGAUAACUUAAAGACAAAUCAUAGAGGUACUUUUGUAUUGCAAGAUAAUCGAUUUCGAUGGCUAGCACAUAUGUCUAUUGACCCAUCAGUUCAAGCAUCUGGCAAUAUUCAAGAUCCUUCAGCAAUGGCGGAAAACAAAUCAGCUCAGGCUACUGGAAUGCACCUAUACUUUCCUUGUGGAAUUAUAAGAGGAACACUUUCAAACUUGGGAAUAGAAUGUGCAGUUUCUGCAGAUAUAUCCAACCUCCCAGCAUGUUCUUUCGUUAUCCGAAUCAAAGCCUGAUAGUCCAUCAUAAAGGGCCGGAGAUGCUGGUUGAUUCUGUGUUAAAACUUUUUUUUUUCAUUCUUACAGUUGGAGAUCAUAAUCUCUAGUAUACCACCUACCGCAUGACUAAGUUGUCGUAUUUACUCGAUUGAUUUAGAAAACUGGUUAUUUCAAUCUGCUGUGCUUUUAUUACCAGACUUUUGGUUUUGUAAAGUCUACAGCUGUGAAAUUUUGCACAGAUGCGUACGGAUCUUUGAAACUUCCAUGUUAAUAAUAACUUUUUUUCCUGCU